AGCUUAGCCUAGGACAGAGCGCUACAGUCCAACAGCAACGCGAACAGCAGAUUGCUGACAGCCAAUGGCGAGGGCAGCCUUAGGUGGCACCAAAUUUCCGUCAACCAAUAGGAUCCCCUCGGCAAGUCUAAAGGCAUCAUUAGCGAUUCUCCCAUCCUCGUCCUCUUCAUCAGCAUCCUUCCCCUCACCUGGCAUCGGUCUGCCAGUCCCAAGAAAACAAUAACAACAGCAGCAAGCGUAGGGCACCGGAAAGCUUCACUGCCUCAGCCCUGGCAGCUGUCGCCUACUAAGCCAAGGAGCGGGGACGCCGCUGAAGUGCUGCGAGGGCUCCCCGCGGCAAAGCACGAUCCAUCUCCCGGGAUCCCAUUACCACGGGCACCGCCACAGGCGGCGUCUUCACUGAAGCGCAGAGCAUCUGCCAGGAGCAGCACGCAGCUCUCCCUCCCUCGGGGGUCACAGCGGAUCUCCGCAGAGGAAGCCGCCGGCAGUAGCUGUCCAUAGAGCUCUGCACACACACGCGCAGUCCCCAGAUGCCUGCCAGCUUGCUCCAAGAGGAGCUCUCCAAGGAUCUCCUCUCCCCCACAGUCACCGCCAGGGUGAUGAGGAAUGGGGGAGCAGGCAUGGAGAAGGCCCUAUCCAACCAAGAGGACUUGGGAGGAGACCGGGGCAUGACAGACGAUAUCUUUGAUGAGAGCUACUGUGAGAAGGAGGGCCCCAAGCCUGCCAAGAGAUACGUCUGGAGGAACAUCAUCCUCAUGAGCCUGCUGCACUUAGGGAGCUUGUACGGGUUGUGGCUGAUACCUGCAGCAAAACCUGCCACCUUGGCAUGGGGGUCCCUGUGUUUCCUGAUGAGUGCUCUUGGGAUCACAGCUGGAGCGCAUCGUCUCUGGAGCCAUCGGUCCUACAAAGCUGGCUUGCCCCUCAGGAUCUUUCUGGCCAUUGGCAACUCCAUGGCUUUUCAGAAUGACAUCUACGAGUGGGCCCGAGAUCACCGCGCCCACCACAAGUUCUCCGAGACCGACGCCGACCCUCAUAACGCCACGCGGGGCUUCUUCUUCUCCCACGUUGGCUGGCUGCUGGUGCGCAAACACCCUGACGUCAUUGAGAAGGGCCAGAAGCUAGACCUGGCUGACCUGAAGGCCGACAAGGUGGUGAUGUUCCAGAGGAGGUUUUACAAGCUUUCUGUGGUGGCCAUGUGCUUCCUGUUCCCCACCCUAGUGCCCUGGUGCUUCUGGGGGGAAUCUCUUCGCAACAGCUUCUUCCUCCCCACCAUCCUGCGCUACGUGGUGGUGCUCAACGCCACCUGGCUUGUGAACAGCGCUGCACAUAUGUUUGGCAACCGGCCCUAUGAUCGAAACAUCAGCCCCCGGGAGAACCGCUUGGUCACAUUUGGAGCCUUAGGCGAAGGCUUCCACAAUUACCACCACACCUUCCCCUACGAUUACUCCACCAGCGAGUUCGGCUGGCACUACAACUUCACCACGGCCUUCAUCGAUCUUAUGUGCCUCCUGGGGCUGGCCAGCGACCGCAAGACGGUCUCCAAGGAGACCAUCCUGGCUCGGAAAAUUCGGACUGGUGAUGGCAGCCACAAGAGUGGCUGAGGGCCUGUGUCAUCCCCCCACAACCUCUUCACUCACCCCAAGCAAGCUGGGCACACUAUUUUAUGUUCUAUUUACUAACCAUUGAAUAAUGCUACCAGGUUGCUUCAGAUGAUGAUGAUUUUAACCCUCUCCUGCACAAUGUAUUUUAAAUGAUGUAUUUAAGACCUAUAACUUUGUCUCUC